UAUUUAUAAUGUUUGAUCAUAUCUUAUGUUGUACACUAUUUCAAUGUGAUAUGGACAUAUAUUUUCGUUUAUUUUUUUCCGUUCCAAAAGCCAGAGAUCAACUUGGCAAGUAACCCGAAAUUUCACGAUUUUUGUUUCGUACCUACAUCGAUUCGGGAAUCUCGAAGCAAUCGAAGUAUUCAAAGCUCACCGGCAGUCAUGGAAAACCAUAUGAUGUUAUUAUACUACACAAUAGUGUGAUAAGAAUUUAUACCUAUAUAAUUUAUUUUGUCACUGCAUCUGUCUGCUACCCAAGUAUUAUUAUCUCCAGUUCUCUCUUUUGUAAACUAACCACUUUAUAGUCGAAUUUGCUUCUCAUUUUAUUUGUAUUUUAAUCGUACUUUAUAUAUUUGUUAAACUAUACUUAUGGUGUCCAGAUGUACCCUUUUUCGCAGGACAUUACUCUUUUUUGAUGCAUGUCCUAUGUCUUUAACUUUGUAUAAAUAUUGUGUUAAUAUUGUACUUAAGUACAUGAAAUUGUACUCUUUUUUUUGAAAAUAAUAAAUAUUAAAUAAAUAAAUAUAAUUAUGUAGGAAACAUGUAUUAAAAAAGCUUUGUAUUUAUUUAAAUGUAAUACCUUUAAAAAUUAAUUUAAAUAUAUAUACUUAAGUUAUACUUCUAUACUUUAAGUUGACUAAAAUUACUUAAAUUUCAAAGUAUUCUCAUCAUAAAGACACAAACCAAAUGAGUUGAUAUUAUGAUUUCAAAUAAUUCAUUUUAGAAGAUAUAAUUAUAAAGUAAUCAGAUAAAGAAAAAAUGUAUAUAGAUCAAGUUAAGUUAUGGUCAAAAUGGGUAAAAUAGUAAACACAAUACAUAUUGGCCAAUUCUUUCAAGAGGGUUUUUUUUUACAAUGGAGAACUUAAAUUUUAAAAUAUACAUUUUUUUGGAUUUUUAUAUCUGGUCACUAUAAUUAUAUUACUGUUUGUGAACGAAUUGUCUAUAAACCUCGUUCUUUCUACAUCGUUAAAAUAACAUCAAGUGAGAAUUCUUUACUGGUUUAAUCAACCAUAAGCUACAGACCAGCACCAGUAAACCAAGAUUUGGUGAGAAAUUUUUAUCUCUAUUUGAUAAUUUAUUUUUUGAUCAGGUACUAUCGUCAGCCCUCUAUAACCAUGUCCAAUAUGCACAGAAUGAGGUAUAAAAAUGAAGGUGUUGACUCUAAGGAGUUACGUCGUAGACGUGAAGAAGAAGGUAUUCAGUUACGCAAGCAAAAAAGGGACAUUCAGCUUUUCAAAAGACGAAAUAUAAAUGAGAUAAUUCAAAGCGACGAUAUUGAUGUAAGUACAGUGAUUUAAGUUGAAUGCAAUUUACGUAGUAAUGGCACUCAUGACGCCUAUAUAUAUAUUGUUCGUGAUUUGAUUCUUUUGUCAAUCAAAUCAUGUUUAUUUAAAAUGCAAUUUUUAUAAUAUAUAAUUUCAUUUUAAUCCCUUUAACCAUUUUUAACCUAAAAUUGUAACAUUAUUAUAUAACAGUUUAAUUGUUUUAAAAAUGUUCCAUUCCUAAGUACAUAAUUAAUAUUGAAUUAAUGAAACCUUGUGGUAGUAUUUUUGUCUGCUUGAUUGGAAUACCUAUUAGAUGUAAUUCUUAAAAUUAAUUUUAUUUUAAUACAAAGUCUAAACAUGGUUAUGAUAAUUAUCAAUUAUCAUGAUUAAAUAAUUAAUAUUAGGAACAUAAAUAAUUAAGCAAAUUUAUAACUCUACAUUAUAAUUUGUAUACAUAUAUAAUAUUCUAUAAUAUUUUUGUUUUCUUAACUUGUAUUAUUUUUUUUUAAUGAGAAAUACAAUAUAUAUAUAUAACUUCACAUAUAUUGUAUAAUUGUAGCCGGCUGUACCGAAUAAUUUAUCCGCAUGGUCUAAUAUUAAUGAAGAACUUAUCAAACAUCUGUAUAGCAUUAAUGAAGAAGAUCAAUUUAGAGCCGCCCAAAAAUUCAGGAAAUUAUUGUCUUCUGAACCAAAUCUUCCCAUUGAUGAUGUAAUUAAUACUGGUAUAAUUCCACGAUUUGUUGAAUUUUUGAAAAAUGCAACCAACAGCCAUUUGCAGGUAUAUAGUUAUUAUUUGUUCUAUAACUUUCUUAGAUAUACUUACAAAUUUUAAUUUGUUAGUUUGAAGCGGCAUGGGUUUUGGCAAAUAUUUCUUCUGGAACUUCAGAACUGACACGUAAAGUAAUGGAAGCUGAUGCUGUUCCAGUAUUUAUAUAUUUGUUAGAAUCACCAUACGAAGAUGUACAAGAACAAGCAGUUUGGACUUUGGGAAAUAUUGCCGGUGAUUCUCCGAUGUGUCGUGAUUAUGUUUUAAACAUGGGCAUUAUGAAGCCAUUAUUGAAGUAAUUAUUAAUUCUUAAGUCUGAAUUAAUUUAUACAUUUUGCGAAUAUAAAAAUAAAACAUUGUACAUUGUUAGUAAAUAAGUAGGAGAAAGGAGGGUGAGAGGAAGAUCAGAACAGAAGUGGUUGAAUGUGAUUGAGUGUGGUAUAAGGAUGCUUGAUAUAUGUGAUGAUGAUGAGGGGGGAGGAUCAGGUCGAGUGAAAGCUUAUGAUGAGGGUUGCGGACUCUAAAUAAAUUGAAUGGAAAAAGAGAUGAAGACUAUUUUGUUUAAUAUUAAUAUAAUUAAUAUUUUUAUCAAUUAUAUAGGUUUUGUAUGUUCAUUUUUUUUUUCGUAGGUUGCUAGAUAACUGUUCCCAUUCAUCAAUGACUCGUAAUGCUGUGUGGACUUUGUCCAAUUUAUGCAGAGGAAAAGUGCCGCCACCUGAAUUUUCGAUGAUAUCACCUGCUUUGCCGGUUUUAGCUGACUUAUUAAAUAACUCCGAUGCCGAUGUUUUGGCAGAUACUUGUAGGACUCUAUCAUAUUUAUCUGAUGGUCCACAUGAAAAAAUUCAAGCCGUAAUUGAUACUGGAGUUUGUCCAACCUUAGUUGAAUUAUUAAUGUGAGUUAUAAUAAUUUGUAAUCAAUUUAUUGAAUAAAAACAAAAGAAAUUACUAAUAAUUUUACUAUUGUUUAAGGCACACACAAACUAAUGUAGUUUCUGCCGCUUUGCGAGCAGUUGGUAAUAUAGUAACUGGUGACGAUGCUCAAACACAAGUAGUUUUAAACUGUUCAGUUUUACCUUGUUUGCUAAGCUUGUUGGGCUCGCCCAAAGAAACUAUUCGUAAAGAAGCUUGCUGGACAAUAUCUAAUAUUACUGCUGGAAAUAAAAAUCAAGUACAAGUAGGUAAUUUAUUAAUAAACCAACAAUCCUCUGCAAUGAUAUAAUCAUUUUCAGUCAGCCCUUUCAGAAGUUCUGCCGUUUUCAUUUUUACAUCAUUAACCGUUUGAAAAUGGGUUCCUUUUAAAAACUUUUAAUUUUUGGGAAUAGGAAGAAGUCACAAGAAGCCAGGUCUGAUCAAAAAGCGUUGAAUUGGAAAUCUACUGUGUGCUGGAGCAUUGUCUUGUUGAAGAACCCAGCCAUUCUUCCACAGAUUUGGUCGCUUCUUUCCAACACGUUCUCUCAAUUUAAUUAAUAUAUCUUUAUUAUAAUAUUGGUUGACCGUCUGACCACUAGGAACCUAUUCAAAAACAAUUUUCUCUUAAUGUCAAAGAAAACAAUGAGCAUACUUGCCCAUUCAAGCUUUCUUAAUUCUUGGGGAAUUUGGUGUCUUUUAAUGCAUGGAAUGCCUUUUAGUUUCAGGAUCAUAUGUAAAAAUCCAUGUUUAUCAUAGGUUAUAAUAUUAUUUAAAAAAAAAUUGAACAUACUUGAUGAUUUUUUAAGUGUCUGAACAAAUUUCUUCACAAAUUGAAGUUUUGAUCAAUCGUCAAAUUUUUAGGAACCAUUUUAGCACACACUUUUUUAAUGUAAAUUUCCAACUAAAAUUCUACAAACACUUUCUUUAUCAAUAUUUAUUAUCUCUGUUACAGCUCUAACACUUAAUUGACAAUCUUGCUGAAUAAUUUUGUUGAUUUUUUUCAAUGUUUUUGUUUGUUGAAGAUUUGGUAGGAUAUCUAAGAUGAUCAUCGCCUUCAACGUCCCCUCAUCCAGUGCAAAAUCAUUUAUGCCAUUCAGAAACGCAAUCUCUAAAUAAGAAUUUUUUACCAUAAACUUCAUAUAACAUCCAAAACGAAUCCACGGUAGUUUUUUUAAAUUUAACAAGAAAUUUAAUGUUAACAAGUUGUUCGAUUUUUAAAUUAAACAUUUUUCUGCAGUAUAGUUAAAUUAGCACUAAUAAUAUAUAAAAAAAUGAAUCAAUUUCGUCAAUAUUAAUAGUACUUUUAGAUAAGUGUUUCUUUAUCGUAAUUCAAUAAUGGUUUUAUAAAUAACGUUAAUAUUUUACGUUAUAUACAGAAAGUCUCGUUAUUUUUCUGUCACACCUUGUAUGCCCCUUUGUAUUGCCCAUCCAUAUAAUUAUGAUUGUUUAUUUGGUUAAAAAUAUUAUUUGUUUUUUUUUUUUAUUUUGCAACCAAUGGGCAACUGCCUCGAUCCUGCUUAAACUUUGUUUUUAUCACGUCUUCUUAUUAUAAUAUUCAAAUUACAUAUUAAAAAUUUAUUUUAAAUGUUUGUGAUUCUAAACAGGCACCAUUGUAGGUACUUAUUUUAAGUACCAUAAAGGUGAGUGACCAACAACUAGAAAUAAAUAUUAUUAAUAUUGGCUAGUAUAUUUAUUACUCGUACAUUGAUUUUUUUAUGAAAAUCGUAAAAAUGAUAGCAUUCAUAACAUAUUUAACCAAACUUCGCUCAGUCGUUUUUUGUUAAAUUACUCUAUAUCCUGCAUUCUCAACUCCCACCUUCAAAUAAAUUUGUUUUAUUGCUGUAGUAUGGAUUUAAUUUUAAUUGACUUAAAGCAGAAUCAUUUAAAAAUAAUUUAUUUGUUAGUAUGAAUAGUAAUUACUAACUAAAAGUACAGAAAAACCAUUUUAAUAGUUGUACGAUAUGUGUAUUUACAGGCUGUUUUAAAUGAAAACAUAUUCCCAACACUUAUUCAUAUUAUGGCUACAGCAGAGUUCCAGACGAGAAAAGAAGCUGCGUGGGCCAUUACAAAUGUAACAUCGGGGGGAACGCAAGAACAAAUCCAGCAUUUGGUUGAACAGGUAUAUUUUAUCAAUAAAACAAUUAUUCUUUUAUUAUUUAUUUUCUUUUUAUCUUUUUAUUUAGAAAUGUAUCCCUCCGUUGUGUGAUCUCCUUACAGUAACAGAUGUGAAAAUUAUNAUAUCAGAAAUCUUUUGGAAUUAUUGAACGUUACUUUGGUUCUGAAGAGGACGAUCCUUGGGUUGCACCCUCUGUACAAGAAACUGAACAAGGACUCGAGCAGUUCGAUUUUAGGGAUCAAAAUGUCCCUGCGACUAGAUUCCAAUUCUAUCAAUUAAUAAUACAGGAAAUAUGAUUUGGUUUUUCUUAACUUUUUUGUUCAUGAUUUUUAUUUACAUUUAAAUUUAACUUAUAAAAACCAAAACAGAUAUUUUGUUAAAAAGAACAUAAUAUAACUGAUUAUAUUCAACAACAUGUUCAGUUGAAUAUGUCUGAGGACAUUAUUUGAACGACAUAAAUAAAUUAGUUUUUCGAAAUUAGUGUUUUUACAUAUUGUUAUUUUUUUUUUUAGUUUCAUACAUUUAGAUUCAAGUAUAUAAUUUAAUGUAUUCAAAUAUUUUUGCCUUGAAAUUUAAUAUUUUAUUGGCAACCGUUAUCAUAAAUUAUUCAAUAUUUAUAACUUUAUAGUGUGACUUCUUCAAACUACAUUAGAUAAUAAUAAUACUAAAUAUAUUUUUCACAUAAGUGAAAUGUGUUUUUUGUUAAAGUUGUAUCUAUUAAAAAUAAACUAAAAACCAC